UUCAAUCAGGCGUUUCAGAUUUUAGCGUUUUUGGUCAACUUGAAAGAGGGUUAGUGUAGAAGGAGGAAGUGUUAGUGUGUUUUGUAUGAGUAUAGGAGAAACUACUGUCCCAUCAUGCCUCGCUCUUUCUUGGUGAAGAAAGUCAAACUGGAUGAUUUUUCAGCUGCGGAGCUGGAGAGCUCAUAUGGUCACAGCCGAAGAGAGGCGCUCAGCCUGCGAUUCCACCACCAUGAUAAAGGCUACGUCAGCGAUUAUCUGAGUCCAAAUCCAUAUGAUGAUGUGGUGGGAAGUGACUCAUCCGUCAUCUCUAAAGUACCGUCUCCAAGCCACUCGUCAAUCAUCUAUAGCCGCAUCAACAACACCUACACCGAUAUCCAUGCAGACAUCCAUAGUGACAUCCAUAGUGACAUCCAUAGCGACAUCCAUGGGGAUUCGGACCAGCCAGACAGUCCCAGGUCUGAGGUCUCGUCAUCGGCUGGCGGGUACAUCAAUGGGGACACGGCCGUUAGUGAGGGCUACACAGUGGACGCCUUUUUCAUCAUGGACGGACGGUCGCGGAGGAAAACCACAGAGAGCCCCAGAGGAACCACCCAGAGGCACACCUGCAGCGAGUGCGGUAAAACCUACGCCACCUCCUCCAACCUGAGUCGGCACAAGCAGACGCACAGGAGCAUAGACAGCAAAAUGGCCAAGAAGUGUCCCACCUGUGGGAAAGUGUAUGUGUCCAUGCCAGCGAUGGCCAUGCACCUGCUGACCCACGACCUCAAGCACAAGUGCGACGUGUGCGGCAAGGCCUUCAGCCGGCCCUGGCUGCUGCAGGGCCACAUGCGUUCACACACGGGCGAGAAGCCAUUCGGAUGUGCACACUGCGGUAAGGCCUUCGCUGACCGGUCAAACCUACGCGCUCACAUGCAGACGCACUCUGCCUUCAAACACUACAAGUGCAAACGCUGCGACAAGACGUUUGCGCUCAAGAGUUACCUGAACAAACAUUACGAGUCUGCGUGCUUCAAGGGGGCGUUCUCCCCUCUGAGCUCGCUGGGGGAAUGAUGGACUCUUGAAGCACAGCUGGGGUUUGACUUCUUUUCUUAGAUCAAAUUGCAUUGGACUCACUUGCUGCUUUUUAUGCUUCCUCACAAUGACAUGACCAGUAUGUCUGAGUGCAACAAGGGAGGAGCAUUUUCGCUGCAAGGAUAGUGAGGCGAGCGACAAAAAUAGAUUUUCAUCAAGACAAUUCCACUUCCAUUUCCUCCUUUGUCUCCAAUUUCCUUAUCUGGAGCAAAACGUUUUCAACGCCUGAUUUAGAUUGUCACCUGCUUCGAUAAUUUACGUCCCCUUCGGAGGCUGUUUUGAGAAUCUGUGAAGAUAAAUAAAGCACAGCACAUCGAGCUCAUCAUUUCUGAAGAAACCUAGAUCUAUUUACGUCCAUAUCUGUCCUUGUUGUUCUGUUUUUUCAACCAAUGACGAAACAGCGGUGAAGCACAAUUCCAUUUUCCACCUCCCUGUCUUUUUCUGUGACAGGUGUUUAGAGCAUGAAUCACAUCUUUGAUUUUCUUGCAAAGAGAUUCAAUUAACUUAUAUUUUAUGCUUUUUUAAAAAAAAAAACCCCGAACAUUUCAGAAUCCCAGGAUGCAUCUGGUGUCCUGCUUUUAAUGGAACUGACAUGGGACUGAAUGAACAAGGUGAUAAAGUAAAUGGUUCUGUGCAAGUAAACAAAAAAUGCUUUACAUACUGUCAAUGUGUCAAUGGAUACAACACAACUACACUUAACUGAAAGAAAUAUAACGUCCACACCUGCCAUAAUAUAGUAAACAUGGCCAAGUACACCAGUGUAAUGGGAAAAUAAUGUUUUUUAUGUGAUUUCCUUUAAACCAAUGUCUUAUCUGGAUACACACUUAUGCUGUGUUAUUAUCUCAAAGGUUCAUUUUGGAUUCUGUGCUUUUCUUGACAAUUAACAUCGGAGAGAAGGAAUUAAUGAGGCAAAUGUGACUUCCAGUUGAGGAUCAAAUGGCUGAAAACUCCCACUGAGCCACCAGGGUGUUCCUUAACAAACAGUGUUUUCAUAUUAACUCAGUAUUAUUUGAUAUAAUUUUAGGUUUUUUUAUAUUAGAUGGGGAUCCAGGCAUUAAAAAUGUCCUUAGGUCCCCAAAAGGUCAAACCUUUUUUUUGUUGCCAGUGAAUCUCAUACAGCUUUGAGGUUUGCAUCUUUUUUUAAUAUCUAUUUAUUGCCUAUUUAUUUAUUUAUAUGUUUCUUUGUAUUCAUUUGCACUUUUUUUUGCCUUUGUUACAAAUAUGC